AUGUUUUCGCGCAAGGUGAAAGCCCCACCUGGGCUCCAAGGCGAAAUAUGGAACAAGCAUUAUUCGGCGUACUUGACGGUUGUUGGCAUGAAACAUCCUGAUGAGUGUCACGGUGUUGCACUUCAAGCUGUAGAAUUCUGGUCGACUGUUUGUGAGGAAGAGGUUGAUCUUGCUCUCGAGGCCCAAGAGGCUGCUGAAUACGGGGACAUACCUGAAACGGAAUCCAGGUUUUUCGCCGAGAUCGCCCUUCCUGAGAACAUGCCCGUCCUCCUCCAACUCCUCACUCAACAAGAAGAGGAUGCUGAAGAGGACGAAUAG